AUGGGGUACAAUUUGUCUUAUGGAAGACUGCCAGAUGAUCGCCUGAGCCAGGACAACAGCACCUCACCCAACUCCACAGCAGGCUCGCUCGGCAACUCCACGCACAAUGAAUUCACCACCAUCGUCUUGCCCGUGCUUUACCUCAUCAUCUUCCUGGCGAGCAUCCUGCUCAACGGCCUGGCAGUGUGGAUUUUCUUCCACAUCAGAAACAAAACGAGCUUCAUAUUUUACCUCAAGAACAUCGUGGUCGCAGACCUGCUCAUGACACUGACGUUCCCGUUCAAGAUAAUCCAGGACUCGCAGCUGGGCCCGUGGCACUUCAACUCCCUCCUGUGCCGAUACACCACGGUCCUGUUCUACGCCAACAUGUACACCACCAUCGUGUUCCUCGGACUCAUCAGCAUCGACCGCUACCUGAAGGUCGUCAAGCCCUUCGGAGACUCCAGGAUGUACAGCAUCACCUUCACCAAGAUCCUGUCUGCCUGUGUUUGGGUGGUGAUGGCUUUCCUGGCCUUACCAAACGUCAUUCUUACCAACGGCUACCCCACAAGGAAGAACAUCGACGACUGCCUACGGCUGAAGUCCCCCCUGGGAGUCCAGUGGCACACGGCCGUCGUUUACAUCAACACCGGCACGUUCGUGGUGGUACUGAUAGUGCUGAUAGGGUGUUACAUUGCCAUAUCCAGGUACAUUUAUAAAUCCAGCAAGCAAUUCAUUAGCUCGUCAAGCAGGAAGCGAAAGCACAAUCAAAGUAUAAGGGUUGUUGUGGCUGUAUUUUUCACUUGCUUUCUGCCCUAUCACCUGUGCAGAAUACCCUUCACUUUCAGCCACCUGGAUAAAAUACUGGACGACUCUGCACAUAAGAUCCUGUAUUACUGUAAGGAAAUGACGCUGUUCCUGUCUGCGUGCAACGUCUGCCUGGAUCCAAUCAUCUACUUUUUCAUGUGCAGAUCAUUCUCACGGAGGCUGUUCAGAAAGUCCAACAUGAGGACCCGGAGCGAGAGCAUCAGGUCGCUCCAGAGCGUGCGGAGAUCAGAGGUGCGAAUAUACCACGAGUACACCGAUGUCUGA